AUGAGAUCUCUCGGCUUGCGGCUAGCUUCUGGGGUGUCGCGUGCGGCGCGUCUCAGGUCAACAUGUGCUCCUGGUCGUCGAAUCCUUGCGCGAUGUAUUCAUGAACGAAAACCGCUGCCUUAUGCCAUUGAGGAAGGCAUGGGCAACUUCUUGCCACCCGAGACUUUGAAGAUGGUGGCAGUGGACUACCAGCAGGGCUUGCUGGAUAGGCUUAACGACCAGGUUAGAGGCACCGUUCUGGAGGGAAAGAGCGUCGUACAGACUGUUGUUGAGGCUGCAAGGGAUCCGAAGGCAGUCCUAGAGUUUAACUAUGCUUGCGAAGCUCUCAAUAACUCGUUCUUCCUUGAGUGCCUCAAACCACCACCAUCAGAUGCCCCCUCGCACGAUAAAGAGCUGAAUAAAUCGAGCCUUCAGGCUCGCAUUCGAGUGGAUUUCGGCAGUGUGGACCAGCUUAAAUCCAACUUCAGCGCAGCUGUGUUAGGGAUGUUCUCUUCCGGAUGGGUAUGGCUUGUCUGCGACAAGCGCGGAAACCUCGCCGUCUACCCGACCUUCGGCGUUGGUACGCUUCUUGUCCGCUCGCGGUCGGCUCUUUACGGAUAUUCGUCCGUCGUGGGCGAGCUCAUCGCCCCGUCACUGAGCCAAAUGCGGGCGAAUACACCCACUGCAUCCCCUGAUUCGUCAGGCGCCUCUGCACCAUCUUCCCCAGCGUCCGGCUUGUCUUCUUCUCCGCCACCGCUUCACCCUCCAGGCCAGUCACGGGCAUUCUCGACGGUACCUGGGCAAGUGGGCCAAGAAUACACCCCAAGACCUGCGGGCCUUUUUAGCAACCUCUCGCAUGCUGAGGACACGAUCAUGCCUAAGAGGUCCCAAAUUGGCGAGUUUAUCUACCCCCUCUUUUGCGUGUCCGUACACGAGCACGCAUGGGUCAGCGCCGGGUAUGGUGUCUGGGGCAAGGAAGAAUACAUGAAGCGAUUCUGGUCAGUGUUGGAUUGGGGUCGAGUGGGUCAGGCGUAUGAGAAAUUUAUUUCGAGUGCCCCGCCGCGGUAA